AUGUUACAUCAAAAUCAAGUUAAAGAAAUUAUCAGAUAAGUAGACUUAAUUCAAAAGUUCCAUAAUAAGAAAAAUCUACUUUUUCUUCUAUACAUUCUCUUUACAGAAAGUGAUAAUUUUCAUUACCAAAAUUUGAUAUUAUAAAUAAUUAUCCUCAAUAACCUAUUAGUAGAGAACAUAUGA